AUGAGCUUGACGGGCCGCUUCCUCUCAUUCGCACGCGAUGAGCGUGUGAUCCUGGUUAGCAUCGGGCUGGCAACGUUUGGCUUGGUCAGCACCAUGAUCACGGCCCUCACGAUGAUCAGAGACGACAACGAGAUCCCGCCAGCGGAGCCCAAGACCCAGUACAUCACCCAGGACACGGAGGACUCGCUUCAGCUGGACACGCUGGAAAAGCUGCUGGACCAUCCAAACUUCUCCAUCAAGGAGAUCGCUGUCAAGAUCCUCUGCGAUAGGGCCGCAAACGACCCCGACGUAAUCACGUAUAUAUGGUUUGGGAUCACCCGGCCGGAUUACGAAGAGCGCAUGGACUCUCUCAGAACACUGGCUGUGUUGACAAGCCAGACAGGUAACGAGGGUUUGGCAAGACUUCAUGAUGAGAAAGCCUACUCAGCCUUGGUACGGUGCAUGGAACUAUGCAUGGAGAGCACUGAACUGCCCGUCGUCACGGACAUUCACUGGGACGAGUACUAUCUCCGCGACAUGGGCGAACGAUUCUGUCUUAUGUUUCUUACAGAGUUGAUCAACAAAUACGGGGCCACCAUGCUCGUCAAGGCCAAGUUCGUCGAGAAGUGGCUUGCGAAGCAAGAAUGGGGAAGCACGCCCGAGGAAAGACGCCGUAACUUCAAGGACUACAUGGACUACCGAAACAACCGGAUCACCGACAUCGUCAACCGAAUCAAGCAUUCUCGGCGGGGUUUGCGCGCCCUAGAAAAGGCAGGGCUUAUCGACAAAGAAAGCUCGCGGCGACGGAUGAGAGAACUUCCCGAUCUCCUGAUGGAGGUCGAAGAGGAGAUUGCGGCCGGAGAGCAUUCCGGGGAGCAACAGAGUCGUCGGACCAGGGAGCAUUCCGCAGAAGAGCAGAGGCUUCGACGCCAACAUCGCGAAGCCAUGGUUCUGAAUGAUGGAACGCGACCUUUGGGCCGAGAAGACAUCAUCGAACGCGAUGCAUCUCCAGCUUGA